AUGACCGAAUUCUGUUGCUGCUGGUGGCAUUCCUAUUCGGCUUGGUACAAUACUCCUCGCUGGAUUAUGUUUGGUAGGUUUGUUGCUAUUGGAGCAGCAGUGGGCUACCUGGGGAAACCAGAAGCGUACGCGCCUGAUAUGUCAAAAGGUCUAACACUGGUUUUUGGUAUUGCAUACAUUAUUAUGGCGUUGGUAUCUUUUUUUGGAAUUAUCGGUUCACUCUUUAGUGCAGCAGGUGCAGUCCGUAUUUUCGCCACAAUGCUAUGGGGAUUUGUUUUAGUCAAUCUUGUUAUUGCUAUUAUCAAUAUUAUCAGUUUGACUACAAAUAAGCAAACAGCGAUUGAUAGAUGCAUAUACAAUGGUCAAUUGCAAGCUAACUCCACAAUUUCAAAUAUAAAUCAAUCACAAUCUGGUACUCCAGUUGUCAGUAAUAUAACUGAUGGCGCGACUUCUGCAGCUUAUGGAAAAGUCUCAGGAAAUCUUCCUGACGUUUGUAGCAAUAUAGAAACUUGGAGAAUCAUAAUUUUUGGAAUUGCAGUAGGUAUAAUUAUAUUAUUUCAAGCAUAUUUUGCCAGAGUGGCCUCUCGCUUCGCUGAACAGCUCGAAGCAGAAUUUUACCGUAAACACCAUCAUAAACUAGAAGAUCAUUCAUCUCGAAAUGGAAACAAUUCUACAACAGGAACUGACCCAUACUCACAUCAUAAAUGA